AUGGCUAUAAAUGCACAAGAAAUCCUUGCCCAAGAUCUUAUGCCCCUUAAGAGGAAACUGCUUUCGGCUCGGCAUGUCCAGUUGUGUGUCGACACACUAAGCCUUUUCUUCGAUAAACAGUAUGAAGAAGGUAACAUCUUCUGCGCGGAAGAAACAUCACAGAACAUUUUGCGGACAAGAGGCUUCACUAUUGGUACCUCUAUGAUUUUCCUUUUAUUUCUUCAACCAGCCCAUGUUGAACUCUACCUUCCGGAGGACCCGUGUCUUAUUCAAAUCUCUAUUUUCAUUGCUCUCUUUCACGAUAUAAUCGGGUUACACAAAGACCUUGAGUCCCUCGAGAGCCGCGAUGAUGGAUCCGCUUACUUGAACCUCGUUCGAGUUAUUAUGAGAGACAAUGCGUGGAGUGAAAAAUAUGCCUCGCGUGCCUUUGCCCAGAAUCUCAGUCAUCACUUCCAGAGCUUUGAGUUUUUCAUGGCAACAUACACGCCCGUCCGACAAGACUACUAUCAUGAAAUUCUGAGAUUCGCACUUGCCCUCUUCGAUUACCAUCUCAUGGGUAUUAUGGAAAGUGGUAACCAACAGUACGGCUGGCAAAAGGUUCAAGGCUAA